UGCACUGAUAGUCAGACUAUGGAACAGCUUGAGAAUUAUGGUUGGAGGAACAGCAAUUGCCAAAGACCGAAUCAUCCAGAGCCUGGACUAGAUUUGGGGAGACUGAAGUGAUUGACACGCCGGUUAUUAUUUACCCAAAUCCCACCUCUACUCCUAACCCAGAACAUCUCCGAUUUGAGCGCGGUAUAGGUAGUUCUCACGUGGAAUGUGUAGGAAAGGGAGGGAGAGAGAGAUACACAGAGAGACAGAGAAACAGCGACAGCACUGUGAGGUUUGCCUCUUUUAUUUGCGAGCAGUGCUGCAGCUCAGAUUGUAAAUAUACUAUAUAUGGCUAGCACAGCACAGUGUCACUGAAGAAAUCUCCGCCAAGCCUUUCACCUCAGAGCUUCACCAAGACAGGGUGUUAUAAACUGAUUGGAUUACUCCGAGGAGACAGGAGAUGGAGGGGGGAACGGGGCUAGCUGAGGGAUUAGUCUUGCCAAAGAUUUCUGCUGGUUCCAUCCUGCUGUGAACUUCGUGCCAGGAGUUGAAAAUGGAUUUCCAUGUUCAGCGUACGUUACGGAUAUUGAACAGCAUGAGGAACUUGGUAGAAACAAGUAUGCCUUUCCAUUGUCAACUCUUCAAUGUGUUCUCAAGUGACCUGGUGGGUUUAUUAGGGCCUAUGGCCCAAUUUCAAAGCCAAUGAAACGUGUAUCUGCAAGCUCCUCCUCCUGGAACUCAGCAGGAUUCAAUGGGCCUAAUUCUGAUAAACAUCUCAUGAUGACCAGGUCGCCAUUUUAUUAGACAGCUGUCUCUCUGGCCAGGAUUUGAGUGGGUUAUGUUUGCUGAAUGGGAGAAGAUACUUUGUGAUGGAAAUUGCACCCAAAGGGGCCAGUUCAAACGAAUCACCACAGGAAAGAGGUUGUCACCCUGGGCAGUGGUUCUGUUGCAGUUUAUUUAUGCUGACCGACGUAUCCCAAAAACCUAGUAUUCUGAAUUUGCCAUUCUCAUUUGUGGUUGGACUGUGCCAUUUCCUGCCUGUAGUUACGCAAUGAGACGCUCAUAAGCCUCGAAAUAGCAUGUGUGCCACUUUACAAUGCGGACUGUGUGGAGUUGUCAAGCCUCCAAAGUGUAUUCACUACUAAAUGACUGGGCAUUAAGGUCUUCACAUCUGCUUUCUGAUGUGUACUUUCAACUUUUGAUAAGAUGCUUUUAUUUCUGACCCUUCUUUCUGUUUGCCAGUUCACUCAUCUUCAAUAUAAGCAAAGCUGAUGUUGUAGGUAAAGGAAGAGUGUAUAUUCUGCAAUUGUCACUCCUUUGGUUUACCAUGUGUAACGGACAACCAUAAGAAGGGAAACAGGAGAUUGCCAUUGAUCUUGAGGCUUGAUUUCAGCCUGGGUUUCAUUGAUAUGUCAAACGUGGCAGGGGGAAAAUAGUUCCUCCUGCAACCCAUCACCUUUCGCUCGAUGCUUGAUCACCACCAUUUCCCUUUUCGGUGAGCAGUGCGAUGGGUCGUAAGGAAAAUAAUUAUCUGGAACCUUUGAGAUGUAACAGUGGUCCGGUGCAGAACUCAAAGGAGCGUUCACUUGCAGUCAAACAAGAAGGACAAGACCCUGCUGAUCUUGCUGGGCAGGUCCAACAACGCAAGAGUAAAGUUCAGCAAGUGCACUUCAAAGAGGAAUGUACAUCCAACAUGAGAGAAAGGACUGAAGGGAAGCCCACACUUAAAGGGAAAGCGCAAAUCUCCAGGUCUCGAGGACUAGCCAAUUGCUCACUAGUGAUUACAAAGCCCCAGGGUGUCCUCAAAAGCAUUGCUAUUCAGACGUCACCAAGUCUGAGAAAGCAUCUUCCAAAGUUCAAGGGGAAACUGAAGACCACCACGAGGCUGACCAAGGGGUCACUCUCAAUGGAUUCAGUAAAAGCUACCAGGGUAACUCACUCUAAGAGUGGCAUGGCUCUGGAAACCAUGGAUACUGCCACACAGUCUCAACCAACUGAGUCAGACCAGGCUCAAGAGAAAGGAACUGAGAGAGCCCCAAGUGCUUCGCUUCAAUCGAGUGUCUACAGCUCGGUCAAGAGGAAGCCUUUGCCACAAGCAUCUGAUCCUAACCUCCAAGACACAGCGCAGGAAGCAGCAGACUUGUACCAUGCUAGCCCAGCUACGUCCACGGCCGCGGAGAGCUCCGGGGUACCAGUUGAUCUAUUGGACUCUGACCACCCCCAUUCUAAAGUGAGUGCCUCCCCAACUGAGAAUACCCAGCAUGCAAGUCAUGCUCAUGCAAACUGUUAUGCUGUGCACAAACUUGAACUUGCAUCCAGAUGGCAUUCGACUGCCAGUGAGCCAAUGGACAGAUGUGGCUGCCGGAAGGAAGUUUGGCUAGAAUAUUCAGAGCUUCCUACUGACUGUGUCGGGUACACCAAGCGAGUUGGCGAGGAGGUUUCAAAAUCUCCAAAGUGCUCACUAAGUGAAGUCAAGGCAGGUCUCUUGGGCACUGAAAGCUCUUCAAAAUCCAUUCGCAGUCACACAGCUUCCUGUAACAUGGAAAUAAAAUCUCAAACGAGCAAAAGGAUUAAGGAAAUUAAUCAAAUCCAUCUGACACAGAGGGACUUGUGUGAUCUCCAAGGCAGAAUGCAGAUCAUUGAGGAUACCUUACAGUCAAAUGAACACAAAAUUAAAGUCCUUUUGAAUGUAAUUCAGGACAUGGAGAAAACCAAAGCACUCAAUGAAGGAAGAAACUUCUAUCGGACUGGCCAGGACCUCAGUAACUGCAGCAUGUGCCAGAACACUGCUUGUAUCAUCUACAGUUGCCGUGGCAAUGGCUUUCCCCAUGCAUCUCUUAAAACCAAAUGGAAGCAGAGUGGCAGAACAAGAGUCCAGUUACAGAUGAUGGAAGCUCCAACUCAAGUGACAAGUGUAGAAUAUGACUUCAGACAACAAGAAGGCAGAUUCCAUCAAGUGCUACGAGCCCUGGAAACUGAAGAUGAAAAUUCACAACAGCCGCAUUUACCCAGGGGGAACACGGAUACACAGACUAGUCAGAAACAAGAGCUGAAGAAUAAAGCACGCAAGCCUAAGAAAGCCUGCUUCUGGUGCUUGUGAGCUAUUGCUGUCAAGAUUACUGUCACAGAGUGAGCUUUUCUUUUGGUCCCCACGCAACUUUUGUAAAUUAAAGUGCAUCAAUGGGCAUCUUCUACAUUUCGGGUGAGCUGUGGUUUGCUGCAGCAAGGGAGCCAGGUACAGUAGUCACAGUGACUGCGUGUGAGGAAAGAUGAAAAAUUUGAAGAAUGGUGAGGUGUGAACAUUUGCAAAUUGACCAAUCCUACUGAGAUGACAUUGUACAACUGCAGCAAAGUGACAACUAACUGGUGUAGGCGACCUGUAUCAUCCAACAGAUUAAGGCCAAUUGGUACCAGCUGAUGGGCUACUUACAGACUGCAUUUGGUUUAAUGCAGCAUUCUCUCUAAUAAUUAUUUUUGAUUAAACAACAUAACAAAACACAGCAAUAAUGAAUGUGGUAGAGCAUUUGAGAAGCUGAUGAAAUCGAUUCAGUCCAAUAAUAAAGUCUGCAGCCUCAUUCAUUAUUGGAAUUUUUGCAGAGAAAGAUGUUUGUAUUCCUGUGUUUCCAAACGGUCACUCUCUUUCUGCUUUUUAGUGGGAUAUUUGACAAUGCAGUUUGGUGCCACUCCCUAUGUAUCAAUGAUGCCACUUUUGUACAUAAAAGAAAGUCUCCCCUUGGGGAUUUCUGGUUGAGUUCAGGCAAAACCUUAGCUCUUCCUUUUUUGUCACAGACAUAAUUUUCUCCAACCCUGUUCUGUUUUGACAUGGAAUUUCAGCACAGAAACGGGCCAAUUCUCACCACCUUAACAGGUCUCAUUCAGUAUUGAUGCCCCAUAAGUGUCUCCUGCCACUGUGCCUCAUCUUCCAUACACUUCUUUGAAUUUCUGCCCUAAUUUGAUUUAUUGUUGUCACAUGUACCGAGACACAGAGAAAUGUAUUGUACAGGCAGAUUAUAUCAUACAACGUGCAGCACAAGUAGCACAACAGUUUGCACCUACGCUAUUCCCCCGAACAGCAGCAUAUGGUAUCAGCUUCCACAUUAUGUCAAUCAUGUUUUGUUCGUAACUUAAGUCCAAAAUUUAAAAGGACAUAAAAUGCAGGAAAAAUUCCAGAAAUAAUUCAUAUAACCAUAGCUUCAAAACAAUUUUUUGCCUACGCAAAUCAGCAUAUUGGAUAAUAAUUCAUGUAAUGGAGACACUAAUCCUUCUAAAAUAAAUGGGGCCAUAGCUGCAUUAAUAAGGACACAUAACAAUUUAACAUGAACACUUUGAAUGUUUUGCCCCACUGUCAUCAACACAUCAUUGACUAAUAGAAGAGGGUACCUCAGAAUACCAAAUUACACAAUGGCAAGAUUACAAACAGCUCAAUAAAAAAGUCCCCAAGGCUAUAAGCAAUGUAAAAUUCUUCUUUUGUUUCUUUCGAGCACAAAGCUCUCAUUAUGACCAAAGCAAUGAUUUACAAAAGGUUUCCAUUGUGGUGAAUAAUUUUAACUGAAUAUUAUUAAAUCAUGAGUUAUUUUAAAAACGUGACACGUUGCCAUUAAUUUUAUGUUCUUCGUAACAUGCAUAUCAACAUUGCUGAAAGCUCCAGAAAUCCUGUGUUGUUUUUUUUUCCCAAUGCACGUGGUAGAAGACCGAUCGUGUAAUUACUGAAAUUCUCUGGUUUUAUUUGAAUUUCUUAGUGCUUGCCACUCUUGCUUUUAACCUCUCCUCAUUUCAGUGCAGCUUUCCAGAAAUUUCAAGCCAUGAAUAAUAACUUCAAGGCUAUUUUGAACACCAGUUAUAUUUUGUGCAACAUUAGUGUUAGGCUCAGUAUUGUACUAUGUGAAAUGAAAAUAACUGGAAGCUAAAAUAGGUUAAUCUAUAAAGUUUACUUAAACCCACAGUUACCUGCAAUUACUGUUAAGAAUCACAGGUAAACAACUGGGCCCUAGUCUAAAGCUCGAUCAAUUCUCAAGGAAAUGAAGAAGAUAGAAUGAAUCAGGAAAUUGCAUGAUGGUGUAACCAUUUGUGUUUUGGGAUCCUGGAUAUCAUAAGAGGAAAAGGAGAGUGAGAAAAGUAAGGUCUCUGAUUUUGACUGAGUGACAGUGCAAGGAGGAGAACAAGAUAGUAAGCCGUUGCAUUUGAGUUUAGGAAGAGCAAUGGAAGAGGAAUGCAGACCAUAAUAUUUAUCUAAAUGGAAAUAGUCAACAAAGUUUGAGAUAAAAGAUGAGCGAUUUUGGUCAGAUCCUUUUUAUAGUUGGCAAGUGUUUGAGGAUAUCUAGCCCAAAAGCAUAAGAUGGGCUUAGAAGAGGCACGCUAAAUAUGGAAAGGUCUUAAGGUUCUGGGCUAAACUAAGUUUGAUUUCAUAACAGGCUGAGAAUUACUAGGAAUAAAAAUAAUUUUCAAUUUCAUGUAGUUUCUUGAUGAGAAAAGAAAACAACAAUCUAAUGCUCCUCGAAGUUUGGGAACAGGCUCCGCAUCGGAGAAGCUUUCAAAAUAUUGCAGCUUAUAUGGUACAUGGGUGCUUCUUAUGCACAAACAUUGUUUGUACAUUAGAUAUUAAAAAAACAGAAUCGUGAUGAUAAAGACAGAACACAAUUGAAAGGUUUCCUGUAUAAUGCAAAAUCAAGUUAAUUAAUGUUCACGGUGGUGAUUGUAAGUGAACUACAAUUGACUUUGGAGUCCGUGGGGUAGAGAAGGGUGUCACCACUAAGCACUUGUUCAUGUCCUGCUGGAACAUGCUGUAUGAGUGGAUACCUGGGGAGAGGAGGAUUGAGCUCUACUGCGAUGUCUGUUCUUCCUAUCUCAACCCUCACAGUUCAGCAACUAGCUGAGACUCCCUGUGCAGACUCACAGAUGAAGAGCUGGAGAGUUGUUGGAGAUAGAAGAGGUUAAACAGUGGUCCUUCAGUAGAAAAGAAUACAAGUGCCAAAGAGAAGAAAGAACUAUCAGAGUUAUUAGAGAGAAAUGAAAAUAUGAAAGUUUAUUUUGAAAUGUGCAAAUGGGAGUAAAGUAACAAAUAGUUUUGUGUUACGUGUGAUGCUAAUUUUUGGGUGUGUCUUACCUCGGUAAAUGAGGCUAACACUUGUGUAACAGGCAUAUGCGGUGCAGGUGAAUUUGUAUACUGUCCAUACAGGAAUAAGAUUUUUCUUUGUAUGUUAUUGAAUAGGCCUGUAAAAUACAUUUA